AUGGUAGUGGAUUAUGUGAGUAAAUGGGUUGAAGCUAUGGCUUGUCCCAAUAAUGAUUCUAGCACUGUGAUUAAAUUUCUGAAAAGGCAAAUUUUCUCCUGGUUUGGAAUGCCAAGAGUAGUCAUCAGUGAUGGAGGAUCUCAUUUUUGUAAUUUUCAGCUUGCAAAGGUACUCAAGCAUUAUGGUGUGAGACAUAAGGUAGCUAAACCUUAUCAUCCAAAGACAAAUGGACAAGCUGAGGCAUGUCACCUCCUGAUGGAGAUGGAAUAUCGUGCUCUGUGGGCCUUAAAAUUCUUGAAUUAUGAUCCAAGUGGCACUGCAGAAAAUAGAAGAAGGCAAAUUAUUGAGCUUGAGGAGAUGCGGUUACAUGCCUAUGAUUCUUCCAAGAAUUACAAAGAGAAGUUGAAGUCCAAGUGGUCUGGUCCGUUUAUGUUCAAGAAUGUGCUUCCACAUGGAGCAGUUGAGUUGACAGAUCCAUCCUCUAAAGACCCACAAAGAACUUGGAUGGUCAAUGGACAACGUCUCAAGCAUUAUUUGGGUGGUGAGGUGAAAUGCCUUUCCACUAUCAUGGAGUUGGUUGAUCUAAAUUGA